GUUGAAACAUAAUUUAUGUAAACUGUUGCAAAAUAACGUUGUGCUUAUAAUCUUAAAUGUAUUUUAAAAUUACGAUGUUUUGGUUUGAGUUAAAUACAAUUUUAAUGAUUUCCGCUGUUUCACAGGUGUGUGGAUUGAAUCAAAAUGCAUCAAACAUUUCAAAUAAUUUUCACUAUACAAAAAAUGAACCUAGUUUUUUGAUUCUAAAGGAUAUUCAAGGUAAUAUGUAUAAGUAUAUUUAUCCAAAUGAUAUGGACCAAUUUUCUAAGAUGAGUACUCUCGGUAAUAAAAAUUCUUCUACGGUGAUACAUCUACCACCAGGAAUAUUGAAAACUGAAAAUAGUACUUGUGAAACGGAUAUUGCUUCCGAAGAUAAUCCAAAAAUAACAUCUGAGAGAUCACGAACCACUACUCCAAAAAGUACAACCAAUAAUAAUGCACUUUCUCGUAAGAGUAAUGACAACAUCAAAUUAAAACUUAAUAAGAAUCCAUCUGUUGUAGUAGAUUCUGUAUUGUCGACAACCGAAAGAAGAAAUUCUGUAGUAAACCAUACUACCGAAAAUGAAUCAACCGAGACUACUACUAUUCAAAAUAGUAAAAAUAAACAUACAACUGAAAAAGAUGAAGAUGGUAAUGGUAUCGAUGUCAAACAAGAAAAUCCAAUAUUAAAAACGGGAAUAAAUCCACAUAUAUUACCAUAUGACAAUAAUACUAAAGAAAAUUUAAAUUAUAUUAUUAUCGAACGUUUAUUUUUAUUGAAAAAAAAUGGUGAAAAACAUGAAAACUCAAAUGAACAACAGAAUUUGUACAAAUCUAGCGACACACCUAACAGCUUAAUAUUAUUAAUCGAAAAUAAUAUUAAACUAAAGCUAUUUAAAAAUUCAAACGGAAUAUUAAAGAACUCGUCUCCAGUAAACAGUAGAAAAAAUUCAACAUUAAAAGUAAAAGACGAACUUUCUACCGAAGAUGACAUAACAAGUAAUUACUCCCCAAUAUCAAUAGGUGAAGUAGAGUGAUAACAUAUUUCAUUAAAAUUUCAACAAUGGACCUGCAUUAUAACCGUUUUAAGUGUAAGAUAGAAUUUCGGAU